UGUUUCAAUCCCAUGGUGUUUUCUAAAAGAAGGAUGCAGUGGAUCUCUCGGUAACAUAAUCGCUGUCAGUUGGAAAAUAAUACACGGAUUGAAGAUUUUUGGGAUCAAAAAAAAAUAUAUAAGCCGAAAACAUGCCAGAAGGACGAAGUCCGAUCGAACGGUUCGCAAACGCUGUGCAGAGCGUAAUUUAUGGGCCUGUUACCUGGUUUAGAGAGACCAUCGUUGAACCGAACCAACAGAAAUACCCUUGGUACCACAAACAAUUCAGACGUGUACCAACUAUAGAUGAAUGUUAUACAGAUGAUGUCGUCUGCCGCUUUGAAGCCGACCAGCAAUUCCGCCGUGAUCGUAUGGUAGAAAACGAAAUUGUUAGCAUAUUAAGACAACGCUUCGAAGAUUGCGUGUUCUACGAAGCACCCGAUGAGUUGGAAAGGUGCAAAUCCAUUAAAGAACAAUAUGAUAAAGCCGCUGAAAAUUGGUUUAUUAAAUAUGGUGAUCUGGGUGCUUACGGAAAUGCCAAGAUUGCGUACAUGAAACAGAAACAUCGUAUGAUUUGGGAACGUCGUAAUGGGCCAGUGGGCUCCGGCAUGAAAACUGAAGAUGAACUAAAUCAUUGAGGAGAGCCUUAUUUAUUUAAGUAGAAGUCGAUACUUCUAUUAUCAAACUUCUUACCAAAAGUAAAGUUCUAAUGCAGAUAUUCGUUUGUGGUAGUUUGUUGUAAGAUGAUGGUUAUGCUUAUAUAACACAAAUAAUAAAAAUCGAAAAAAUUUAAAA